AAUAAUAAUAAAAAAACAUAUUAUAAUGUUAAUCGAUCGUCAUCUCCUUCUCUCCAGGGUUUCUCCCUUCCUUGCUUUCUAAUCCAAAAAGAACUUUAUAGCUUAAUUAGCUUGAAUCAUUAUCGUAGGCUAAGCAGUACCCAAUUCCUCACUGUACAGAAACAAAUCCUUCUCUCAACCAAAAAACCCUUUACAGGGUUUUUAGAAUUUAGUGCCUUUCUUUUGUGAGAUUUGGAUUUUUUUUGUAUUAGGGGUUUUGAAGUUUUCAGUUUUUGUGGGUUUAAAGAUUUUUUUAAAAAAAAACCCAGAAGAAAGUGUAGAUGAUGAUGGAUGGGGGUAGUAUUGAACAAGCUCCCAAGAUUGGAGAUAACUCUACAGAAGGUGCUGUAUUUGAUGCAUCUCAAUAUGCAUUCUUUGGUAAAGAUCAUGUUGAGGAAGUUGAGUUAGGUGGGUUGGAGGAUGGCGAGGAGUUGCCUGCCGCUGAUUUUGAAGAGGAAGAGUUUCUCUUUGAUAGACAAGAGGGUGAGGUUUCACGAUCUCUAUCUGACAUUGAUGAUCUUGCAAUUACAUUUUCAAAGUUGAACAAGGGUGUCAAUGGACCGAGAAGCACUGGGAUAAUUGGUGAUAGGGGAUCCAGAGAAAGUUCAUCUGCUGCUGAAUGGGCACAGGGAGAGGAUUUUCCUAAUUGGUUUGACCAGCAGCUACUUGACCAAGAUGGCGUUGAGGAUGGCACAAGAUGGUCGUCGCAGCCAUAUUCUUCUACUGCUCGCCUUGCAGAAUCAAAGCAUCUAUACCGAACCUCUUCAUACCCUGAGCAGCAGCAGCAGCAGCAACCACACCACCAACACUACUCUAGUGAACCUAUUCUUGUGCCAAAAUCUUCUUACACUUCAAAUCCUCCCCUGGGUGGCCAAUCUCCACAGUCCUCACCGAACCACGGUCAUCCAAAUAUUCAAUAUCUUGCUGGUGGCCACCAAAUAGCAUUAUCCCCCUUCUCUAAUUCUCAGCUUCCAUUGAGCAGCUUACAUCAUGGAUCACCACAUUACAGUGGGAAUUUGCCUCAAUUCAGUUCUGGUCUUUCUGCUAAUAGCCGGCCACCAAGCCAGUGGGUCAACCAUACAGGCUUAUAUCCUGGAGAUCAUCCCAACCGCUUGACCAAUAUGUUGCAACCACCAUUAUCUAAUCAGAAUGGGAUCAUGCCUCCACAGUUGAUCCCACAACUUCAGUCACAACAGCAUAGGUUGCACCCCCCAGUUCAGUCAUCAUCUGGCCAUUUAUUGGGCAUGCAAUCUCAAGUGUUCAAUCCCCAUCUCUCUUUAUCCCCGCCAAUGACGAACAACUUUGACACAAUGCUUGGUCUGACCGAUAGAGAUCAAAGACCAAAAUCAGUUCAGAAAGUUAGACCAAUGGUGCGUUAUCCUCAACAAGGCUUUGAUGUCAAUGGUCAGAAGUUUGAUAUUGGCUGGCCGCAGUUCAGAUCCAAGCAUAUGACUACUGAUGAAAUUGAAACUAUUCUCAGAAUGCAGCUAGCUGCAACACACAGUAAUGACCCAUACGUGGAUGAUUAUUAUCACCAGGCUUGCCUUUCAAAAAAAACAGCUGGGGCAAAGCUCAGACAUCAUUUCUGCCCAAUUCACUUGAGGGAUCUUCCUCCCCGAGCACGAGCUAAUGCUGAGCCGCAUGCUUUUCUCCAGGUUGAUGCUCUUGGGAGAAUUCCUUUCUCUUCGAUUCGUAGGCCUCGUCCUCUUCUUGAAGUUGAACCUCCAAAUUCUACUGGUGGUGGUAAUACCGAGCAGAAUUCUGCUGAGAAGCCCCUAGAACAGGAGCCAAUGCUUGCAGCUAGAGUCACAAUUGAAGAUGGUCUUUGCCUUCUUCUUGAUGUAGAUGAUAUUGAUCGUUUUCUAGAAUUCAAUCAGUUCCAUGAGGGUGGAACCCAGUUGAGACGCAGGAGGCAGGCCUUGUUGGAAGAGCUGGCAGCAUCCAUGCAAUUGGUUGACCCUCUCGGCAAGAAUGGCCACACAGUUGGACUUGCUCCCAAGGAUGAUUUUGUUUUCUUGCGUUUAGUAUCUCUUCCCAAGGGACAGAAGCUCCUUGCAAGGUACCUUCAACUUAUUUUUCCAGGUGGUGAUCUCAUGCGGAUUGUCUGCAUGGCCAUUUUUCGUCAUUUAAGGUUUUUGUUUGGAGGUCUCCUGUUUGAUAUUGGAGUUGCGGAAACCACAAAUAACCUUGCAAGGUCUGUAUCAUUAUGUGUUCGUCGCAUGGAUCUUUGUUCACUCAGUGCCUGUCUUGCUGCAGUGGUUUGCUCCUCAGAGCAGCCACCCCUUCGCCCCCUCGGAAGCUCAGCUGGAAAUGGGGCUUCCCUCAUAUUAUUGUCUGUGUUGGAGAGGGCAACUGAACUAUUAAAUGAUCUUCAUGAUGCUAGCAACUACAAUGCGACAAAUGGGGCACUUUGGAAGGCCUCAUUUGAUGAGUUUUUUAGCCUGCUUAUUAAAUAUUGCAUAAAUAAAUACGAUGGUAUUAUGCAGUCUUCUCUAUCAGAUUCAGAUCCAGCUGAAUCUAUUAAGAGGGAACUACCUAUGGAGCUCUUGCGUGCAAGUGUUCCCCUCACUAAUGACUACCAGAAAAAGCUGUUAUAUGAUCUUUCCCAGCGUUCCUUAGUUGGUCAGGAUGGUGGUAAUGGUGGUGACAUCAAUUCUGAAGUGGUACUGAGUUAAUAUGAACCUACAUGAAAGUCUGAUACCAGGUCACAGAGUAACACGGUUCUGUACAAGUGAAUAUAGCUCAGAGAUAUAUUGUUGGACCAGCAAUAUCUUAAGGAUGCAUUUAAUUUGUUCUCCCACCACAGCUAAUUCAGAAUACACGAACUAAAUGAAGCAGAGGCUUUGGGAUCAAUCUGUCAUGAGAGUCAGCUUAGCUUUUUGGAUUUAGUUUUAUUUUUUUGUCAUUUCUACUCAAUUCCAUGCUACUGCCUUGACAAAGCUUGUAGAAGGCCUCUCCUGUGUUGUGGUAGAAUUCUGUUGGGGUUUUGUCAUUUUUCCAGUCCUUUUAGUUCCUUUUUGUCUCAAGAGCCUAUUUUGAUGCUCUGUUUCUGGAUAUGGAGAUGUAGCGGGGUAGUUUGUACAGGGUUUGCAAAGAGGUUUUCCACUUUCCUGUACUAUUUGUUAUCAAGGAGGUGGGGUGGAUGUGAUUUUCAUGUUCUUGUAGGGGCUAUGUGACAUCCUUGUGUAGUAAAUGGCAAUAAAGCCAAGCAGAUGCUGAUGGUUGUCGAAUAAGGUGGCGAUGGAGUCUGAAUUUUUCAAGUAAUUAUCAAGUUUGCCUGUAACAAUAGAUGGUUGUCCGUCAGUUGUUUCUCUCAUAACUAUCGUUUAUAUUGCAUUAAUGCUAUACAGCAUGUGUUUCUUCUA